AUGAUUGAUAAUGCAAAAAUAAGUUUAUCUAAAUUCCGUAAUGAUUCCGCUUUUGGGGAGUUCCUUGACAGUGCGAAAACUGUAGCGGAAGAAUUCAAGGCAAUAACAGAAUUUUCUACACCUGUCCUCGCGCUCGUAGAAGGACUUUUUAAUUAUGAGGCGGAGAACGAACCGAUAACAGACGUGAAAACAGAUUUUAAAAUCCGAGAUAUUCCUGAUAAUGAUCAAGAAGAUUACAAAAUACGCAAGGCUGUCUUCAUAAUCCAGGAUGCAGAAGACUCGCUGCGAAGCUUAACACCUUAUGUUAUAAGGCCUUACACUAGAGCCAAUUAG